AUGGCUAACCAAGAAACCAUGGACAAUAAAGAUGACAAUCCAUGCUUUGCACACGUGGAGAAAGAGCUGGAUGGGACUCGCGCAGCUGCUGACCGGGGACGUCAAAUUCAGGAGGACGAGCGACAAUGGACUGCCUGGCAAGCCGCCUCAACAUAUCCACAUGCAAUUCUCUUCUGUAGUGUGGCUUUCACCGCAGGACUGAUGUACGGUUAUGACAUUAUCGCCAACGGCUCUGUUAUUGCCAUGCCUUCUUUCAUCAUCAAGUUUGGUGCUACUGAUGCAUCUGGCCUCUACCUACCAACAAUCUGGACAUCCCUUUGGACAUCGAUGACAUCUCUUACACAGGCCUUGGGCGCAUACAUGGUUGGGUUUGCUGCGGAUAAGUGGGGUCGCAAAUGGUCCGGAGCAUUUGCUGGUAUUAUAUCCAUGGCUGGCACGGCUGUCCUUUAUACAGCAAAUACUCGAGGCACGCUACUUGCUGGUAAGAUGAUUACUGGUGCAGCUAUCGGGGCUGGAAUGGCGUCAGGCACAAGCUAUGCAUCCGAGGUCGCGCCGCUCAAACUGCGAGGCCCCAUCCAAGCCUCUCUUGUUCUGUUUGUUGUGUUCAUGCAAGGGCUUGGACUGGGUAUUGUACGAAUAUUCGUGCCUUACACUGAUGAGCAAGCCUUCCGCAAUGUCUUUGCCGUCCAGUGGGGCGUAGGAUUCAUUGCUCUUGUCGCUUUUUCACUUGCCCCAGAUGGGCAUUCCAAUAUUGACGACCGCAUUGCCUACCUGAUCAUGACCAUGGAGGAAGAAAAGGCCAGAGGGAAUAACAAAGCAGUAUCCUAUUUAGACUGCUUCCGUGGCGCUGAUCUUAAGCGUACGUUGACCGCUGCCUUUCUUUACAGUGCCAACAACUGGGCCGGUGGUGCCUUCCUAGCCCAGUCUACUUAUUUCCUUCUGACGGUCGGAUUGCCUGCCGUUCACUGUUUUGACAUCGGUAUUGGCGGCUUUGGCCUGGCAAUUAUCUUCAUAAUUGCUCUUGGGUUCUUCGGACACCGUGUCAGCAAGCGCCAAUUGUUUCUCAUAGGAGUCGUCCUCAACUUUUUCUUCCUGGUCACAAUUGGCGCUUUGCACUGGGCUCCUGGGAUGGGGGCAAUCUGGGCCAUUGGCGUCUUAAUGAACGUCUUGAUAUCUAUACAGACAACAUUUCUACAAGCUGUCGGAUGGCCCAUUGCGGCCGAAAUCUCCAGCUAUCACCUUCGUGCGAAAACUCUUGCCAUCGCAGUCCUGUCUCAGACUUUGUCAACUUGGCUCACCCAGUUUGUUGUGCCGUAUAUGUACAAUGUGGACUCAGGGAACCUUGGGGCCAAAACUGCAUUUCCGUUCGCAGGCCUCACUAUUUUGGUCUUUUUCUAUGGGUAUUACUACGUUCCUGAUACGACCGGCCUAACAACCGAAGAGAUCGACCGCCUCUACGCAGAAAAGACUGCUGUCAGGAGAUUCAAGAGAGUUUUAUCCGAGCAGGAGUCUAAUAGCUGA